UGCUUGGAAUUGGGUGUAUGCGCAUUGCGCGCUCGCCCACUGGCCGGCGGGACCUCGGCGCGACCGAAGCUCCAACCAACACUUUCUUUCAUCCAUCCCAACCAGUCAACAGCAAACUAUCAUCAUGGUCAGAGAAGCCCAGGCAUCGAUAGUCGAGAGGGAGUUCCUUCUCCAAGCACUCAAGGAGGGAACUAGGAUCGACCAACGAGCCCUGCUCGAACAACGCCCCGUCUCGUUAUCCUUCGCUGAGGACGGCCAUUCGGUCGAUUGCUCACUCGGUAAUACUAGGGUGGCUGCUCAUGUUUCGGCUUCGAUCACUAAGCCUUGGGCGGAUAGACCGUUCGAAGGCCUCUUCCAAAUCUCCAGCGAGAUCAAUCCGAUGGCCAAUUUCAUCUACGAUACCGGCAGGUCAUCAGAGAACGAGAUCCAGAUCUCACGAAUGCUCGAUAAAAGUCUGAGUCGAAGUGGGGUGAUCGAUAAGGAAGCCCUCUGUAUCUUAGCAGGACAAAUGGUAUGGUCGAUCCGUCUGGACCUUCAUUUCUUGAACGACGAAGGCAAUCUCUUGGAUUGCGCAUCGAUCGCAGCCAUCGCGGCUCUGCAGACAUUCCAGAGACCCGAUGUGACGCUGGUCGGGGAAGAAAUAACGAUUCAUUCGAUACAGGAAAGAGUGCCGGUGCCGUUGACAUUACACCACACGCCGAUCAGUCUAACGUAUGGGUUUUUCGAGCUAGACAGCCACAAGUCGAGUGUAGUCCUGGACCCGAAUUAUCUGGAAGAACAGCUCUCGACAGGCACGAUCACUCUGGCCUUGAACCCCCAGAAGGAGAUCUGUGUCGUCAACAAGUCCGGCGGCGUCCCCCUGUCGAUCGAGGAAAUCAUGAACGUCGUCAAGCUCGGAAGCCAGAAAGUUAAGCAACUCGACCAGCUCAUCAAAUCUCUCAUCUCUAAUCGUAACUCCCCCGUCGAUCUCACCGCCGUCCAGGAUCGAUAAUCUCUUGUACCUCUUUUUACUUGUUGUUGUGCAUCUGAGGAUUUCUUCUCUCAUCCUAUAACUAGUAAAAAUCGCUUUCAAUACACAAAAAAAAACCGCUGGAAUCGUGGCCAUCUCAUUUCAAAAUGCUUUACAAAACUUUCGCAGGAAGAUGGCUUCCAGUCACAGUUUGCUUGGCUGCAGAAUCCAUGACCUUUAAGGACUCACAACGCCCCC